AUGCUGUGGAGGCAUAUCAGCUUGCUCUAUGCUGGAAAAUAUCAUGCUUACCCGAAAUCCUGGAUACCGUCUUCCAUGGACAGCUUUGAGCUAGCUCUGCAGUUUGGAAUAUCUGUGAUGGUUAUUGCUUGCCCUUGUGCUUUGGGUUUAUCUACACCUACUGCUGUUAUGGUUGGUACUGGAGUUGGCGCAUCUCAGGGUGUUUUGAUCAAAGGGGGACAAGCUCUGGAAAGUGCACAUAAGGUAAACUGCAUUGUUUUUGACAAGACGGGUACUCUCACUAUUGGGAAGCCAGUGAUAGUAAAUACAAAACUAUUGAUAAAAAUGGUACUCCGGGAGUUGACUUGCAGUUAA